UAUUCAGUGAUUUUACAGUAGGCGAGAGUAGAAGGCACAGGAGCCGUCAGUAGUAGGAGUAGAAGUCAAAGACCUAUCAAACGUGCUAAUUACAAUAGUAAAUUUAAACAAAUUUACAUUUAUAAUAAGAAAAUUAUAUGUAAUUUUGUAACUUUUUCAUUAUUUCAAAACUAAAUCCUAUAUACUGUGGAUCGCCGAUAUCUAAUAAACAGUAUAGUAUAGCUACAAAAAUAUAAAAAUAGAAUUUUAAAAAAAAAAGUGAUAAUUUCUUUUUUAUACACAUAAAAGUGCGAGUAAUGUGAUUCUCAAUAAUUAUUCUAAAUUUAUCUUUUAACUGGAACGCUCAGUGACAAUAGUGUCGAUUGUUGAAUUUCAUUCAUUUUAUUGUUAUAAUUCUUAAAAUUCGGAGUUGAAGGGAUUUAGACGCGACAUGGACUUCAUCAUAUUAAAGGUGAAUGGGCAGGAUGUGUCGACUUCGAGUCAUGAAGAUGCAAUACGUUGUUUUCAAUUGGCCGAGGAACCUAUUAUUGUUGAAGUUCUACGUCGACAUCCCAGUGAACUUAUCUCCUCGAAUAAUGAAGACAAAACAGAUUACAAUAAACAUGAUAAGAAUAAAGUGACAGCUGCGUCUGACGAUGAUGAUAGUUUUGUUAACGAUAUGCAGAUAAAUGAGGAGAAAAAUGAUUACGAAACUGGUGCAUUAGUGUCAACAGCUGUGCAAACCGAUUGGUCGGGAUUAAUUGAAGAAGAUUAUCUACCAGACUCUGUAGGUGCAGAGGAACAAGUGCAUGAUUUCCUGACUCACGACAUUGAUUUCGAGGAAGUAACUUUGGAGAAAAACGAAUGUGAUGAAAAACUCGGAUUGACAGUUUGCUAUAGUUCCGCUUCUGGGAGUGAUGAUGCUGAUACAGAGGUUUAUAUUUCAGAGAUAAUUCCCGAAAGUCUCGCCGCUCGAGACGGUCGUCUGAGAGAAGGAGAUCAACUAUUGCAGGUGAAUGGAAAGGAUGUGAUAAAUAAGGAGCAGACAUUAAAUUUGUUCGCCGAGACUAAAAAUGCUGUUACGAUUCUCGUCAGUCGUAAUCUCUAUCAGAGUUCAGUGUCAGAUUCACCCGAACAUGUUCCAGCUUAUCAGAAUACAAUGAUCGAACAACUAAUUCGACACCAACAACAUCAACAAAUUGAAAAAGGUUGCUACGAUACCGAAGAAAAGUGUUCGACUUCAAUAGCACCACCACCAGUGCCAUCGCAUACUUUAAACAACACUUCACAAAAUUCCCACAAACCCAAUAAAUCACCAUCACAUUUCGACGAACAGAAACAACGACUCCAGGAUUCAUUAAUCGAAACCACGAAAAAAAUGGAAAACCUAAAUAUUUAUCCCCAAUUCAUCCACGAUCGUGAAGUGAAAUUAAUGGACUCCUACUCGAGUCAUAUUUGGAGCGACAAUGAACACAUUUACGAAACAAUUCCCGAAUCAGACACCGAGCCACUCUAUUCAUUUCCCUACGAGCAUCAAAAUUGGUUACAACAAAAGAAACAACAAAAUCAAAAACCAAUCCUUUCAUCAUCAAAAAGCAACAGUUCCGGCGAGGAAAAAGACAGUUCAAGUGCAUACAAUACCGGUGAAUCGUGUCACAGCAAUCCAUUAACAUUACAAUUACACCAAGCCGAGAAGGAUCAUCACAAAAGCACUCUGGUAUUAUGCUCAUCGAAAACUUUACAAUCAAAAAAUACUUGCACCUGUCCGAGUGUAAAAAAAUCGAAUAAUCAAUUUAAUAAAAAAAGUCCCCUACACUGCCAGUACGAUCGUGAUAAUUCCAGUACAAGCACACUACUCGCCGAUACAAUGUACACAAAUGUUGCGAAUCUACAGCAAACGAUGAUAUUUCAACAGCAGCUAUUUAAGGAGGCGCUGACAAAGAAAAAUAAUGCCACCAAAGAUGCAAGUUCGGGGAAAAAAUCCAAAUCACAGAGACACUUUCAAGCGCCUAGCUUAUCGCAAUAUCAAUUUAUUGGCAGUCAACAAGUGUGCGCGGUUAAUGCGUGGAUACCACCUGAGGACAAAUGUGAAAUACAAAUGGAAUGGAAAGUUAAGAGACGAGCCGAUGGUACACGUUAUAUUGCACGCAGACCGGUGCGUAGUCGAAGACUGAAAAAUCGGGCACUCAAAAUUUCUGAGGAACGCGCUGGUAAUACUACUGAGGAUGAUACCAUCUCGGAAAUUAAGCUCGGCCGAUAUUGGAGUAAAGAAGAACGUAAAAAGCAACUGGAACAAGCCAGGGAACGUAAACGACAACAACAAGAACUAAUUUCACAGCAACAAUCACAGCAAAAUAAUGAUUUACUCAUAUUUGAUUGUGACGAGAAAUCGCCCAAGAAACCAUUAAAUAUUGUCGAACUAAGUCAACGUAAAUUGGCGAGGAAAAAAAUUGUUUUAGAUGAUUUCACAACAGUUCAAGAAAUGUUGGUGCACGGAAGUAAAAUGACUUCCGGCACGCCUGGAAGUAGUGGGAAACUAUUGGGCCUCCUGUCCGUAACGACUGUAUAACAGAUUUCAAUUUUUACUUUUUUUUCAUUUAAAUCUUAGAUUUAAAUUUAACAUUAACAAAAAAAAGUAAUUUUACUUAUUUUUUAAAGAUAAAAUAUUUUUAGUUAUAUAUAAUAAUAUAUAAUUAAGUUUGUAUAUAUCUCAAAUGUUUUUAAAACACAUUUUUUUACAUAUAUACAUCUACAUUGAAAUGUAUAAAAAAAAUCAGUAUUAAUGCAUACAAGUAUACAUUAAGCAAACUUGCAAAAGCCAUAAAAAAAUCAAAAAAAAAAAAAUUAAUAAUAACUAAAUGACUGGAAUAUGUGUUAUAGUAAUCGUAUAUUUGUUCUAAUAAUGUAAUUAGAACCCGUCGAAAAAAAAUUGUGGACUGUCUCUCGACUUUAAAAAAGUCUAGUCUCAAUCAAAAUAUAAUUUUUCUUUGCAUGAAAAAAAGCAUUUCUUUAGAAACGUAAUUAUAAAUUGCUUCGUCAUAAAUAAACAUUAAUACGUAGCUUGUAAAUAAUUUUGAUAUAAAACAUAAAGUAGAGUUUUAUAGUUUGUUGG